AUGGCAAGACCCUGCCAUGCCCUGCUGCUCCUGAUGGUCACUCUGGCCCUCAUAUCCAGGAAAGUCCAAGCCUGGGGCUCACCAGAGGUGGUGAGAGCAUUCCAAGACAUCCCCGCAAAGUAUGUCUAUGUGCAGCAAGCGCUCUGGCAUGCCAUGAAAGAGUACAACAAGGCCAGUGGAGACCAGUACAACUUCAAAGCAGUAAAGAUCCUGAAAUCCCAGGAGCAGAUCACAGAUAGUUUGGAGUACUAUCUUGAAGUCAACAUAGCUCGAACAAUGUGCAAGAAAAUUUCAGGAGAAAAUGAAGACUGCUUACUGCAUCAGGAUCCUCAAAUGCAAAAGAUGGUUUUUUGCGUUUUUAUCGUUCAAUCCAAGCCAUGGAAAUUUGAACUCAAUCUGCUGAAGAUGAAAUGCAAAGACAUCUAA